GCGCCUGCGCGCCUCUUGCUGACGGGAGGAGCCUUCUCAGUCGCUUGGCCUUCGCGGGGCUGCGGCCUCCGCCUCCAGGUAUUAAUAUUCUACCCUUCUCACCCAAAAGGGUGCUCAGAUUGGAUCACAGAACACAUAUAUGGCAAACAUUCAUUUCUAUUAUACACUGACAAGACAGACAACUGUACAUAGAUAAAGAAUGAAACAUGGCUGAGGACCCGCAGAGAAAUUUCCGAUCAGUAUAUUAUGAGAAAGUAGGAUUUCGUGGUGUUGAAGAAAAGAAGUCAUUGGAAAUCCUUCUGAAAGAUGAUCGGUUGGACAUUGAGAAGCUUUGUACUUUUAGUCAACGAUUCCCUCUCCCAUCCAUGUAUCGGACCUUGGUAUGGAAGGUACUUCUAGGGAUUCUUCCUCCUCACCAUGAAUCUCAUGCUUUUGUGAUGAAAUACCGACAGGAGCAGUAUAGAGAUGUGUACCAUGCUCUCAGAGUAAUUCGUUUCAUCAAUGAUUCUACGCCGCAGGUGGAAGUUUUCCUCCGGAUUUAUCAGCUGGAGUCUGGAAAGCUGCCUCGAAAUCCAUCAUUCCCUUUGGAAUCUGAAGAAAAGACGUUUCUGGCCAUUGCUAAAGCCAUGGAGGAAAUGGUGGAAGAUAGCAUUGACUGCUAUUGGCUUGUUAGUAGUUUUGUGAAUCAGUUAAGCAAUAAGUACAAGGAUUCUUUGCCCCAGCUGCCAAAACUUCUGGAACAGUACCUGAACCUUGAGGAUAGCAGACUCCUAAUACACCUGAAAUCGUGUUCAGCAAUGGGCCAGCUGCCUUACAAUCUUUGGUUUAGAAGAUGUUUUGCUGGUUGUCUACCUGAAUCUAGUUUGCAGAGGGUUUGGGAUAAAGUUAUUAGUGGCUCUUGCAAAAUACUUGUCUUCGUUGCCAUAGAGAUUUUAUUAACCUUCAAAAUGAAGUUGAUGGCCCUGAAUAGUGCCGAAAAGAUUGAAAUGUUUUUGGAAAAUAUACCUCAAGACAACACUGAUGCGAUUGUGAGCAAAGCUAUUGAGCUGUGGCACAAACAUUGCGGAACUCCUGCACAUUCUGUCUGAGAUAAACUUUUCAACUGGCAUUUUAGGUUACUACUGGACUUUUAAUUUUUUUAAAUUAUAUUUUGGUGCAUCUCCCUCUCCCCCUGAAUUAUCUAAUUAAAAGUAUUUAAUCACUGGGAA